GGAAGGGUCGAGGACAAGGACUUACAAACUAUACCUUGUUUACUAGUCAAGGAAUGAUAACGAUACCUAAGAACUCCAUCGAUCUUGAGAAAGAGAACAAGCAAAUUAACCCUUCAGUUCAUGCAUCGACUAAUCUAGGUUCUACAGGGAAGGGGCGCGGACAAGGACUUAAAAGCUCUACUUUGUGUACUAGUCAAGGAAUGGGAAUGAAAUAUAACAACUACAUGACUUCUGAAUCUGAAGUGGGAUGUAUCAACAAGAGUGCUCUUUAUGCUAAUCAGCAUAUUAAAACUCCUCCUAUAAGCACAAGAGCAAAUUCGACCAUGUCGUCUAGUCAAGAAAUGCAAACAAUGGAUAAAUCGAUUCUUGAGAAAGAGGAUAUGCAAACUAAUCUUUCAUUGCCUCCAUCAAUUGAUCAAGUUAUGGAACAUUCUCAAACAACUGAAAAAG